CGAUGAUAAGCAUUUAAGACGACCACCUUUCCCAUCCCGUAGCGAGAACAACACAGAAUGUCGGCAGCGCUGCCGCAAGGCGAAGAAGCGUUGGUACGCAGCAUCGACCUCACCACCGCCAUUGGUUCGUCGAUGUUCACCUUUGUUCUUUGCGUUGAGCUACUCUAUCUCCUCUUUUCAACGUCAGCGGCACGGCGAUCACUUCUUUUCCUGAUCAAUACCUUUUCGUUCCUCCUCGCCGCCGUUUAUUUCAUCCUCCUGGCAAAUCGCGCCACUUUGAUGAUUCAGGUGCUCGUUGGCGGUGAUGCGUCGCGUAAUGUCGACCUGGCCACCCACAUCACCGUGCACACCUUUCUCUCCCUCUUUGCGCCCCUGGUUGCCGAAUCGACCCUCACCUUCAAGCUGAUCGCCUUCUACCCCUCCUGGCACGCCUCGCGUAUCAAGAGGCUCGCAAUAAUCGGACCCUAUGUCAUCAUCCUACUCGUCCGCCUGGCUGCGAGUUUCGUUGUUCUCUGGGCUACUAUCAAGACGGACAUCGAACCAGCCAAGAAGGGCGUCGAUCUCUUCGACUACACGGCCUACAAUGAAGGUCAGAUUGUCCGUCUCGUUGAUUCGUGCCUUCAACUCGCCGGGUCGGCCUACGUCUCGUUCCUCUUCCUUCGACGCUCUUUUCUCUACCACAGGAGGACCCAGCUGUCGGUCUCCUCCUCUCUUGCUUCCAAUUCGACGUCGCCCCCGGUUAAGCGGCGGCUCCGCUUCUUCGUCGAGUCUGUCUGCAUGACCUUCAUCCCUCCAGUGUGCCUACACAUUAUCAUUGUCACAACACUCAAUUACGACACUAGGCGUUCUGAGUCGGCCCUAACGUGGGCUAUUGCCUUCAACGUCGCUUUCUCCUACGCCUUUAGUAUUCUCGCUACCAGCUGGUCAACAAUUAGAGAGACGCGCUCCUCCGCUACCAUUUCGAAAUCCUCGUCAUCAGUCAGGCCCGUACAGAGAGGAAUUCUCACCGAAAUGGAUGAAGAAAACGUGCCGUCGACAACCUCGCUGCGGUCAAUCGCGAUGAAAAGAUCUCCAUUGCAAGGGACUGUGUUGGGCUCUAUUAUUGGAGUAUCAGUGCAUGACGAUGACGAGGGAGACGAUGACAACAUGGAGAUCAUCGAAUCCUACCAAGAGAGUUCAUCGCAGCCCGACACACGGCAAAGACGUCGAUGGAGAUAACCAUCAGUUGUUCACGCUAGCCUGACGUCGUAGUUCCUCGAUCUUUUUUCUUCUUUGUGCCUCGACAAGACAUGUUGCCUUGAUCAGCUCUCCCGUUUAUCAUUUUUCUUUCGACUCACUUAUCUGUGUGCGCGUGCUUUUGACGCCCGUCUCAUUUUGACCAUGCCUAGACUGUGCUCAAGAAAUGAUAGCAACAUUCAGAC